AUGCCCACCCCAGGCAGUCAGGCUUCUCCAACUGGCUCAGCUAGUCAGUCUAUGCCACCGCCUGUACCUGCUCACUCCAGGAGACAGCUGUCAAACAGGCUUUCCUUACAGACGAACUUUGGAUACAGAGAACUGCUGGUCAUGUCUACAGGAGACAGACAGUCUGUUUUGCGUACGACGAAGGUCCGCACCACGCUGAAGGGCGACAACAGCUGGAUCCAACGUCGCAAAGAUACUGAAGAAGAGGAGGAGCAGAAGCCAUGGAUCGCAGAGGUGCGCGCAAGUCGUGUCAAUGGUGCAUUCAGCGACACCCCACCAGAAACGACCCCCACCCAACCAGAGCCUGAGCCAAAGCUCGGCACAGACAGCCCUAAGGCACCAGCAUCUGGAUACCUGAUCAGAGGCGUUUUCACAAAGACGGACACCAAACCAACUUCACCGAAAUCGACCAAUGGCUAUAGUGGGACGUCUGUCUUCAACAAAAAGUCCUCAGAGGGAUACAAGAAGAUUGCUCCUCACACAGUUCGCCCAAGCCUGGAGAGCACAGCUGGAGAGACAGACCCAGCUGUCAGCAAAGAGGAACAGGAAAGAAGGACAGAGGCGGCCAGCAACGUCCUGAAGAGCUCAGCAGCCAGGCAGCGAUCCUACGUACUUUCAGCUGCAAAGAAAUAUGAGAUUCCACCAGAGAAACCGGACAGCUCUGACCCCCCAGUCAUAUCUUUUGUUGCCAAAAGGGUUGUCAUCAGUGAUGAUGAAGACAGUGACUCAGCAGCCAAACCACCAGCAGCCCCAGCUCCUCCAAAUCCUCCGGCUCAGCCUGCACCUAAACAGAGUGCGGAGAUGAGUGUGGAUGGGCUGGCACUUCCAGUUGCUCCACUCCAAAAGAAAGUGCCAUCUGCAACACCUGAACCAACACCUAGAACCAAUGCAGAGCCCACUCCAAAAAAAAGCGGUAAUGCCCUUGAUGCCCUCUCUGACACUCUGAUGUCUUCCACCCCAGCACCCACCAGUGUCUCCAAGCCGGUUGCUGAAGUCAUUCCACCUGCUCCAGAGGCAAAAAAAGCCCCAUCCACAGCCCCCGAACCCAAAACGGAGCCCACUCCUAAACCAAGUGCCACUGAGCCAGUCACUCCAGCUGUCCCUGUCGCAAAGGAAGCCCCAUCCACAGCACCUGAACCUAAACCCAAAGCAGAGCCCACUCCUAAAGCCAGUGUCACAGAGCCAGUCGCUCCACAGAAGGUUCCAGCAGCAACACCAGAGCCACAGCCCAAAGCAGAGCCCACUCCAAAAACCAGUGCUGCUACCCCAACUACUCCAGCUGCUCCAGCUACACAGAAAGCCCCAACUGCAGCACCAGAAAUCAAACAGGAACCUGUGCCUAAACAAAGUGUUACUGAACCACUCCCAGCUGCACAGAAAGCCCCAUCCACAACGCCAGCACCCAAACAGGAACAAACUCCUAAACAAAGUGUUACUGAGCCAAGUGCUCAAGUCCCUCCAGUUGAUCCAGUGGCUGCAGAAAAGAAAGCCCCAGCUGCAACACCUGAAGUCAUAAAACAGCCCACUCCGAAACCAAGUGUCACUGAGCCAGUUCCAGCUGCUCCAGUUCAACAAAAAGCCCCGUCCACAACACCAGUACCUAAAGCAGAGCCCACUCCUAAACCAAGUGUCACUGAGCCGGUUCCAGCUCCUCCAGUUGCACAGAAAGCCCCGUCCACAACACCAGAACCCAAACCCAAAACAGAGCCUGCUCCGAAACCAAGUGUCACAGAGCCGGUUCCAGCCCCGUCCACAACACCAGAACCCAAACCCAAAACAGAGCCUGCUCCUAAACCAAGCGUCACUGAGCCGGUUCCAGCUGCUCCAGCAGCACUGAAAACCCCAUCCACUACACCAGAACCCAAACCCAAAACAGAACCCACUCCAAAAAAAAGUGUUGCUGAGCCAGUUCCAGCUGCACCAGUCCCACUCACAACACCAGAACCCAAACCCAAAACAGAGCCAACUCCUAAAGCAAGGGUUGACCCUAAGCUGGUCAAGAAGACCAACGACUUGAACGAUGAUGAUCUGCUGGGGCUGACUCAGAGUGCCCCUCAGAAGCCAGUGAACCCCGUCCCCACCACCACAGACCUGCUGUCAGGAGCUGACAGCUCUCUGCCCAAGACUGAGAAGACCAAGAAAUCUCUGGACCUGCUUGCGGACGACGUCAUCCCCUUUAAUACCAAUCCUGACAAAAGUUCAACAGAAACGGUCAACAUCACAACCACCAAAACUGAGACCAUCACACAGAACAGCUCUCUGCCCCAAUCACAGAAGACUCAGGAGCCUUUGGACCUGCUUGUGUUUGACCUCCACACCAAAAACGACAAACCGGACGCUGACAAAACACAGAGCAAAUUUGAUAGGACCAAAACUGUGACCAGGCCGAAGGAGGAAUUACUGAGCUCUGCUGAUCCAUUUGAUCCUAUUCCGAUAGUGAGUGAGUGCACAAAGAGCCCUGUGGAGCUGUUCGAUCCUCUACUGUCGGACAGUGGGAAUCUGCCUGCCGAUGCCCUGAGCUCCUUGGCUAAAGAUGUCAUUCCAAUCGACACAGACAUCACAAGCCUCAGCGGUGACACUUCAAAGAAGCCUUCUGACAGCAGUGUACCCGGCGCAAACCAGAGGUCAUCUGACAAUGUCUCCCCAUGGGACAGAUGGACAUCUCCUAUUCUGAACACCACAACAGAGAACAGGGAGGCCGACCCGCAACCGAUGGAGACAAGUUACACACCUUACACCAGAAGGGUGGACAGGAGUGCCCUGGAGCCGAAGUCACUGGACAAUGACAUUAAGAAGGGCAUCGUUUAUGUCAAAGAGUACGUAAACACGCCUGAACUGCCCACGUACAACAGCAGCGACGUGGAUUAUGUGACCUCGACCAGCUCCAACUAUGCAUACAGCAGCCCCUCCAGCACAAACAUGACCGCCUGCACAUAUUGUGGUGGCCUCGUAGGGAACGACGCCAAGAUCACCAUCGAACACCUCAACAUCUCGUGCCAUCCUGAAUGCUUCAAGUGCGGCAUCUGCAGUAAACCAAUGGGAGAUUUUCUCCACAGCAUGUUUUUGCACCGCGGGACAGUCCAUUGUGAAAGCUGCUACGCUAACGUACUUUAGUCUUUACUCUACAGCUUCCUUCUUCACCACUGCGCUGAAUGUUAGUUACCAAUGUAGACAUCACAACACAUUUAAAGUCCUUGGAGUUUGUACCUUUGGAUUAUUUAGAAAUUAAAUAUGUUCUCUUUGAAUUCUUCUUCACUCCUACAACAAAUUGUUACUAUUCCUGUCGUUUAACGUUAUUCUGGAGCAUUAAAUGUGUUUGGUGGUUUAGUUUCAGGCUUUUCAGCAUCUUUCUCGGUUCACGUUAAGAAAUUUGAAGUAUCAAGAAUAAAAUCUCCCCCCGUUUUAAUCCUUCGAAGCAGAAUAUUUUUCUAAAACUGUGAAUACAUUUACUUGAAAAUAUCUACUGUAUUUCUUUCACAUAGUGCAACAGAAUAUCAUCGAAACGGCAAAUAAAAGUUUGUGUAUA